UUGUCGUUAUUUUGUAAAUAGUUAUAAAAGAUUCAAUUUUCAAAUAGUAAAUUGAAAUGUAAAAUGAUUUUCAGAGUGUGGUUGCUUAGUGGGAACAUCAAGGUGAAUGUGCCGGUAGCUUUGUGUGUUUAAAUCAAAUCCUGCAAAGAUCACGUCUUUAUAUGAAACCAGUGCUGGGUUUUCCGCGAAGCGGACUCAAAAACGAUUCAAUUCUUGUGACAAGUGCUAGUUGUCCCGAUGGAUGGGUGUCACAUAGAUCAUCGUGCUAUUGGUUCACCAAAGACAGAUUUUCAUUCCAUGAUGCAGAGAAUUACUGUCAGGGACAACAUGCUUUUGGCCACUUAGUGCAGGUAGAUGACAGCACAGAAAACAGUUUUAUAAAGGACACACUUAAAGCGAUGCACGGAGCUCAUCGUUGGAUGGGUCUUACGGACGAAAAAGAGGAAGGAACAUGGGUGUGGGUUGGCUCUAAUACGCCAACAAAUUUUACAGAUUGGUUCCCAGGGCAACCAAAUUCAAACACGGGGGAGGAAGAUUGUGUGAUAUUUACAAAUUACAAUGGGUAUCGUUGGUAUGACGUCUCUUGUAACUCAAACUAUGAACCGAUCUGUGAAAUGCCAUCUUCAGGUCCAGUCGUGGGGUAGUAUAUUACACAAAUCUGGACUGCAAUGUUGAUUUUCAAAUGAAUAACGUUAUUUUCAUUUUCGAAACAAUAACACCCAAGUCUUAAAAUGUUUAA